AUGAGACGACAAUUGAGGGUUUCUUCUCUUCUCCUAUCUGCUGCUAUUCCCUUCGCAACGGCAGAUCCUAUUUUCGGAAACGACUCGUUCUGUGGCUGCUACCUCACCAAUGGUGAGGAGGGUCACUAUUUCUCUUACCACCGAUUCUUUGACUUCCGCAACCUCCCACAAUAUGCCGGUGUACCCGAUGUCAUCCAGGAUGCUAGGGCCAGUGCCGAAGCCGACCCGACGAGUUCGUUCUUUUCCAGCCGAUCUUGGGAUGACUUUUGGAUGAUCAACAACUGGAACAAUUCUUGGCCCAACGCCUCGCGCUCGGACGUCUCUUACCUGAUGGUCAACUCUCCUAACAAUGUCUACAUCGAGGCCAACUCUGACCCCGAGUCCGAGCCAGCAACUUGGCUUACCUUGCGCACCCAACGCCUAAGGAACUUCCAGACCGCGGCAGAAAUCGAAACCCUUUCCCCCAACUACAAAUACGUCUCAGUGAGAAUGCUGGCCCGUACCCGCGGUGGCCCUGGUGCCGUCACCGCCCUGUUCACCUACCGUGUCGCGCCGACUCUGUCCGAGGUCCAAGAGAGCGAUCUUGAGGUCUUGACUGGCGACCCACUGGGCCUCGUGAGAUACACCAACCAGCCAUCGUACACUGAAGAUGGAGACAGCGUCCCUAAUGCAACGAAGAAUGUCACGCUGCCAAGGGGGCUCAAGUGGACGGACUGGGCAGUGCACCGACUGGACUGGACGCCGGGCAUGACGACAUGGUAUGUCGAUGAUGUACUGGUCUUCCAGAGCACAUUCCAGGUGCCAGAAGAUGAGAGCGCCAUCAUCUUGAAUGCAUGGAGCGAUGGAGGAGAGUGGUCAGGGAAUAUGACGGUGGGAGACGCGGCAUGGUUGCAGGUCCAGUGGAUCGAGGUCGUUUACAAUAACACAGACCACGGGAAGAAAACAAUCGGUGUCAAGGGCAAGUCGUGUCGCCGGGUGUGUAGUGUGGAUGAGACUCCACAGCUAGGAACGCCAGUCCUUCUCUGGGAGAGUGCUGCUGGUGGGUUGCGGACGCAAGGAAUGCAUCUCCCUUGGGCGCUGCCAAUUGUUGUUGGGUUCACAAUGGUGUUAAUUUCGGGAGGCUUACUGUAG